AUGACUGACCCACAACCCAACCGCCAGCUGCACCUCACAGCCUUCAUGCGGCCUGUUUCGCUGCAUACAGGUGCAUGGCGUUAUCCAGGCUCCUAUCCAGAUGCCAACUUCAAUUUCAAACACAUUGCCCAGUUCGCCCAAAAGCUAGAGGCCGCCAAGUUCGAUGCCUUCUUCAUGGCGGAUCACCUGGCCGUGCUGAACAUGCCUAUCGAAGCUCUCAAGCGCAGUCAUACGGUCACUUCCUUCGAGCCUUUUACUCUGCUCUCCGCUCUCUCUUCUGUGACGGAGAAGAUCGGACUCGCGGCAACUGCUAGCACGACCUAUGACGCGCCGUAUCAUGUCGCCCGCCGAUUUGCCAGUCUCGAUCACCUGAGUAAUGGGCGAGCGGCGUGGAAUAUUGUGACGACCGGAAACCCGGAGUCGAGUCAUAACUUCGGCUUCGAUGAGCAUUUGGCCCAUGGUGAUCGGUAUAAGCGUGCCCGUGAAUUCUAUGAUGUCGUCACGGGAUUGUGGGACAGUUUCGCCGAUGAUGCGUUUACUCGGAAUGUCGAGACGGGGCAAUUCUUGGAUCCGGCGAGAAUGCAUGUGCUGAACCAUUCCGGCGAUGAGUUGAAGGUUCGCGGGCCGUUGAAUAUUGCCAGGCCACCGCAGGGGUGGCCGGUUAUUGUUCAGGCAGGACAAAGUGAGCCCGGAAAACAGCUUGCAGCGGAGACCGCGGAGGUUGUGUUUUGCAGUCCGAAGGACCUGGAGAGCGCGAAGGCGCUCUAUGCGGAUAUCAAGGGCCGAGUGGAGAAGGCAGGACGGAAGAGAGCUCAGUUGAAGAUCUUACCCGCAGCAAUGAUCAUCGUCGGAGAUAGCAAGCAAGAUGCGCAGGAGAAGAGACUCAGAUUGGAUAGCCUGGUGCAUUACGACAGUGCUAUUGCCUCGUUGUCCAUCGCACUUGGCGUGGAUGUCAGUGGCCUGGAUCCGGAUAGUUUGCUGCCAGACGACCUCCUCGAAACGAAUGCUAGCAAGACGGCCAGAGAGGCGGUGGAAAUUCUGGCCAAGAAAGAGGGACUGACCAUCCGCCAACUUGCGCAACGCUAUGGUGGAUACUCGGGGCUAGCGUUCCUCGGUUCGCCAAGCGAUAUCGCUGAGGAGUUGGAGACGUGGUUGCGGGAAGAGGCUUCUGAUGGCUUCACGAUCACGUUCCCAUUCUUGCCACAGGGUCUAGAUGAGGUGACGGAGAGACUGAUUCCUGAACUUCAGCGAAGAGGCCUUUUCCGCAAGGACUACACUGGCUCGACACUGCGUGAACACUUCGGCCUGGAGAGACCCGAGAAUCGAUUCUUUAGCGAGGAAUCUUAA